GAGCACUUGUCCGGGCGGGCUCUUGUCGGGCCCGUGCGUGGGCGGGAUGACGUCGGGCACGUUUCCGAGUGCGAGCCGAGACGGCGGAGUAAUGUCUGGCAUCGGAAAGCGUCUGCUUCCAUCGCCGCUGCACAGCGGGUGCAGUCUCACCCGGAGAAGCCCUCGCCUUGGUUUAACUGGGGAUGGCCUUCUCGAGAGACCCGCUCCUCUGACCCCUUACCUGUCGGCCGAGACCCUCCGAUAUGUGCCAGAAGAUUGCAAAGAUAAAAUUGUCUCUGAUGAAGAUGUUCUUGAAACACUCCUGAAAAUAUUUAAAGCUCUGUUCAUAAAUGAUUUUACCAGACAAACGAACAUCUUGGCCUUACUUCCAGAAGUAAAAUCCACGUAUCUGGAAUUACUGCAUCUUCAGCCUUCAAAAUCAAAAAUAACUUUUUCCUGCUAUGAGAGUGAGAAUAUGUUUAGUCCAGAGGAACUUCUGUUUCAUACAUUAGGAUUCAGUAUUACUCGAAAUCAGAGCUCACUGGUUUCUGCUGGAACAGGAGUCUUUGUAACCAGAGGGUUUGUCCCUAAAGGGGCAGUAGUAGCUAUGUAUCCUGGUACAGUAUAUCAAAAGUAUGAGCCCAUCUUUUUUCAGUCCAUUGGCAAUCCAUUUAUUUUUAGAUGCAUAGAUGGUGUUCUUAUUGAUGGGAAUGACAAAGGAAUAUCAAAAGCUGUGUACAGAUCAUGCAGCAGAAGGGACCAACUUGGUCUUUUUCACAUGAGUGAUGUCAGUUGGCUCACACCUGUUGUGCAAAAUCCACUGGCAGUGGGACAGUAUGUUAACAACUGUUCACCUGACAAGGCAGCCAAUGUCUGUUAUCAGGAGUUUGAUGUACCUGAAUGUUUUCCAAUAGAAUUGAAACAGUAUCUUCCAAACGUCACCUACAGCCAUGACAUACAGAGACCCUUGAGAUGUGUGGUUCUUGUUGCUCUCAGAGACAUCAAGCAAGGAGAAGAGCUGUUUUCUAAUUACUACACCAUUGUCAACUGAAUCAGUAGAACCACAGACUAAAGGAUCCUUCAUCAUACAGAUAUUUGUUUUGUGUACACUUGGCAGCUUCCUUUGCAUCUGUAUAUAAUGGAGAGCUGAGUUUUCUAAUUAAAAUGGAUUAUAAAGCUGUAUUUUCAUGUAAAUAUGCUUCAUAUUUUGAUGUACUGAUAAAGGUUUGAAAUAGUUUCCAUCACUAAGUUUCAGAUUUAGGCUAUUGCAAAUUUAAUUGAUUUUCAGCUAACUGCACUGUAUCACAUCAAAAUAAAAAUCUGAUUUUUAAAA